AUGCGCCAAAUAGGUCCCGUGGAGCUGGUGCCAGACAGAGCCCGGACAGAUGAGUCUCUGCGUGUGUGCGCGCACUCGGGGCCCAGCUGCUGCUCCAGUCGGAUGGAGGAGUACUACAUGUCGGCGGUCCGUAGUGAGACGCAGCAGAAGAUGAGGUCUUACAGCUUCGAGCUCAAGUAUCUGAUCUCAGGACAUGCCAAGGCCUACAGGGAGACUUUUGAGUCACUGGUGUCCUUCACGUCCAACCUGACCAGCACACUGUUCGACAGCGCGUACUCUGCUCUGGCCUCAGACUGUCGCCCCCUUGUGUUCCAGCUCUUCAACGACAUUAAACACUACCUUUCUGGAAACACAAAUAUGACUUUGGACAAAACAGUUAAUCGAUUUUAUGAUAACAUUUUCCCCUUGGUCUAUCGUCGUCUUAUCAAUCCUGGCUUUGGUCCCAAGCCUGCACACUUUGGUUCAUCCAUCCACAGCAGUCAUGAUGAUUGUUUGAGAAUGACUCGACAAGAUGUGAGUCCAUUUGGACCUCACCCACGCCUACUGGUCAGCGGCCUAUCCCGUGCACUUGGGGUGGGUAGAGCACUGAACCGGCUUUUAAAAUUGGCCGGGGAGGUGGUCAAUGCUACGGAAAAGCUGGCACUUAGCAGAGAGUGUGGGCGGAGCCUGGUCAAGAUGCAGUACUGUUCACACUGCAAAGGCCUGACGCUGAUUCGACCCUGCACUGGUCUCUGUGUCAACGUAAUGAGAGGCUGCUUGGUCGGUGUGUCUGAACUCGGUGGGCCCUGGAGAAGUCUGGUGGUAUUACUACAGCAACUUUCAUCUACACUGGCAACCAGCAGCAACCAGAACAGCCUGGAGCUGGCCCUGUUAGCGACUCGAAACCAUGUGAAUGAUGCCAUUCUGCACGCACAGCUGCACGGGCCACAAAUCACAGCUACAGUAGAAAAAGUGUGUGGUCCUCAUGCAGCUGUCCCUGUAAUGACAAGAACAAGUCACUCAGCUCUCCGCACAGCGACCUCCAUGGCCCCAGUGAAAUUUGAAACGUCCUCACAUCUCUCUCCUUUGGACAGCCGACAUUAUCGUCCACCACCACAGAGCCGCAGAUCACUUCCCAUCAAAGGUUCCAAAAGGGAAAAAAAUCGCAGCCUGAAGAAACUCUCCAGGGAGUUCGAGGGCUCCAUUCAGCGCUACCAGUGGUUCUUUUCAGAGCUUCCCGAGACGCUGUGUGAAAGUGAGAUGGCCGUAGAGCAGCACACUUGUUGGAGCGGCCAAGAUGUCGUUGAGAGCUACACAGGUCCAGUGGUUGGCAGCAGUGUGAAAGCCCAAAGGGAAAACCCAGAGAUGACUGUGCGCUAUUCCGACCCUGUCCUGAAGGGGGCCAAGCACAGACUGGAGCGGGUAACACAGGAGUUGGUGGCAGAACUUGGUUGGAGCUUGAAGCCCAGCGUGAGAGAAUCAGACUCUGCUGAAGGAAGCUCACCCUCUGGCAAAGGCGAGGAAGACGAGAGAGGCAGCGGAGAGGACUGCGAUGAUGAAGAUGGCUGUGAAGGAUCUGGAGCACAGGACACUGACGUACCAGCUCUCAAUAUUCCACCCUCCACUCCCAUUAAAGUAUUGAAACUUGUCAUAUGCAGAAUGUACAGCACGUACAAUAACAUCAGCAAGCUCAACAACAACCAAAAAACAUGA